AUGGUCAAGCAAUUUAAAAUAGUAAUGAGUGUUCAUAGCUGUCCUAGAGUAAUAUUUUCUGAUAAUAUGCCAUUUGGCUCAAUGGAGUUUCAGAUGUUCUGUAAGGAAGCGAACAUAGAAUUAAAUACAUCAAGUCCAAGAUAUCCAAAAUCAAAUGGAAUGGCUGAACGAGCAGUACAGACCGCUAAACAGUUAUUACGUAAAGCUGAAAGUGAGCGUAGGGACGUAAGUGAUUUGUUACUUGAAUAUCGUUGCACUACAAUACCGCACAUGGGGGCAGCACCUUGUGAGUUGCUAAUGAGUAGGUUGUUGCGUACUAAAUUUCCAAUUAAAGAGUCAAAUUGA